CACCUUAACCGGACCAGUGAAAGUUUGAGUUUCUUUCCUUUUCACCUAUGGCUCUUUCAACGCCUUUCUUUCCUUCAAAACGAACAAAUCCUUAGCAAUUUUGUUUUAUUCGUGAUCCACAGCCAACCCUGAAUAUUUACCAUGUCCCACACCAUGUCUGCAUUCAAUUCUGCAUCUUUGAAGAUCGACCACAUUAUUUCUAUGCAUAAACUCCAGAUAAUGGAAAACCAGAUCACACCAUCCAUCUAUCCGUCAUAGUACCGUUUGAAUUGAAGACCAACCCAGUUGAAGCAUUUUUUUCCAAACUGAGUCAGCAAAGGUGCAAGCAAAAAACAAGUGUUCCACUGUUCACUAGUAAAUAAAGCCUUUUUUACGACGGUCAUAAAAAAUCCGUUUUAAAAAAUAAGGCGGUGGCAUUUUCGUGGUUUAAAUUGCUAUCCGAAGACGGUGUAACAGAAACGUCUUUGAAUGGAAAUUGCGACGACGGAUAUUGCAAGACCGUCUUAGAAUCCAUUAGGUGAAAACAAAUUAAGACGUGUUUGGUUCACACCGUCUUUGAAGGAUUCUGGAGACAACGACGGUGUUAAUGUAAAACCCGUCUUUAAUUUUGAACAAUAUGAUAGCCUUUCCCUUCUCAUUUGUGACGUAGCGUCUGGCUUCUUUGCUUCAUAAAUCAUACCCUCACUGUACCGCGUGUCGUGCUUCACCCAAGCUCUAGCCGUGGCCUCAUUGGACCUCGCGACGUCGCCGUCACCCUAGGUCGUGCCGUACGUAGUGGUUGUAGCUCAGGUCGGUAGCUGUACCCAGGAACGAGGCCGAUGAACGCGCGCAGGAGGCUCAGGAGCGUGCACUCGAGUUCGAACGCGAUUUGUGCUUGUUGGAGCAGGAAUUGAUCAAAUACAAGCAGCAGAACGAAUCGGGUGAUAAGGCAUGGUCAUGCAAAUUCUGCUUUUUGUAGCUGGCAUUAACACACUUCUCCGAACAGUUUUGGAACUAAUUGCCUACAAAAGUUGGAGGUUUCUGGAUUUUGGUUUGCUCUGUCAAAUGGACAAAAGGCAUCAGCUUGCUAUGCUGGCUUCAAUUAUUCAUAUAGUAAAUGGUGACUGGGCAUCCCUUGUCCGUGCUCUGGUUGAUAUGGAUGUUGUGAGGCCAGGGACAAAUAUCAGACUUGUUACCCUCGAACUGGAACAAGCCUUGGGAGAAGUAGAAUUUAAAGAAGGAAUUCCUGAUGUGAAGUUUAGCAGGGUUCUGGGAAAGAUUUGGACUGUAGCACUCAAGCAUCAUUUCCCCAUGCCACCAUAUAUUACACUUGUCUUGCGAUCCCUAGCUUCAUUGGAAGGUUUGGCUAUAGCUGCAGAUACAAAUUUCAAUACUUUUGAAGCUGCAUAUCCUUAUGUUGUUCGGAAACUUCUCACAGACAACUCAGCUGCAACAAGGAAUAUAUUGCAUUGGGUGCUUCUAAACGAAGGAAGGAGUUCCAGUGACAAAGACUUUCCCUUUUCUUGAGGUUAGGGGCAACCAGUUUUAUCAACAUGUGCGAGGAUAUUCGGUAUUAAAUAUAUGGACUAUGUUUGCUAUUGUUUAUAUGUUGAAUUGUAGGUAUUGAUUUAAACAUGUUUAACUUCAUCAGGAAGCUAUCAAUCAAGGUGAAAAAGUAGUGACAAGAACUACUAACUCCUUUUUUAUUUUAUUUUUUGGUAGGAUGUUAUGUCCCUAGCUAAUUAGUCAACAAGUGUAAAUCUAAACUUAUAGUCACGAGGAGAGGCUUUGGAAUCAAACUAUAUCUGCAGUUCUGCUUAGGUUGGAGUAAGACUUUGUAUACGUAAUACAAGUUCCAAAAGACCCAACUUAUCUCUGUUCUAGAGGUGCC